AUGGGCCUCGUCGAAGCCCUCUUCACGCCUUAUGCCCUGCUAGCCGUGCCCGUCCUUUACUACCUCCUGCCGUAUCUUCGCAACUGGUCCAUCCGCGACAUCCCCGGCCCUUUUCCCGCGCAGUUCACGAACCUGUGGCUGCUGUUCCAGUGCCGCAAGGGACGGCGCUACCUCGCCGUCAACGAGGCGCACGAGAAAUACGGCAAGCUGGUGCGCAUCCAGCCGCACCACGUGUCGGUCGCGGACGCGGACGCCAUCCCCGCCAUCUACGGGCACGGCAAUGGGUUUCUGAAGAGCGAGUACUACGACGCCUUCGUCUCGAUCCAGCGCGGCCUGUUCAACACGCGCGACCGCGCCGAGCACACGCGCAAGCGCAAGACGGUCGCCCACACGUUUAGCGCAAAGUCCAUUGGCCAGUUCGAGCAGUACAUGCACCAUAACCUCGAGCAGCUGGUGCUGCAGUGGGACCGCAUGGCGGGCUCGGUGUCCAGCGGAUAUGCGGGCUUGGACGCCCUGCACUGGUUCAACUACCUCGCUUUUGAUAUUAUUGGCGAUCUCGCGUUUGGUGCCCCCUUUGGCAUGCUCAAGGAAGGCCGCGAUAUGGCGGAGGUCAGGGAGACGCCGGAUAGCCCGCCCAAGUUCGCGCCGGCUAUUGAGGUCUUGAACCGCAGGGGCGAGGUUUCGGGAACCAUUGGCUGCCUGCCCCAGAUCAAGCCGUACGCAAAGUACUUCCCCGACCCGUUCUUCUCCAAGGGCAUGCAGGCCGUGGAAAACCUGGCCGGUAUUGCCGUCGCACGCGUUAACCAGCGUCUGGCCAAUGCGGAUAAGGUUGACCGUGUGGACCUGCUUGCGCGCCUCAUGGAGGGCAAGGAUGAGAAGGGCGAGAAGCUGGGCCGCCAGGAACUCACCGCUGAAGCUCUGACGCAGCUCAUUGCCGGCUCGGACACGACCAGCAACACCAGCUGCGCGCUGCUGUUCCACUGCUUGAAGAACCCGCAUGUGGUCAAGAAGUUGCAGCAGGAGCUGGACGCAGCGAUUCCUGACAUCGACACGGUGCCCGAGUUUGCGCAGGUCAGGGACCUGCCCUACCUCGACGCCGUCAUCAAAGAAACCAUGCGCAUCCACAGCACCUCGUCCCUCGGGCUCCCACGCAUAGUCACCACCGCAGCGGGCAUCGAGCUCCGCGGCCACCAUUUCCCCCAAGGCACGGUGCUGUCGGUGCCCGCGUACACGAUCCACCACAGCAAGGAGAUCUGGGGCCCCGACGCCGACGACUUCCGCCCCGAGCGCUGGGAGAAGGUGUCGGAGACGCAGAAGGCGGCGUUUAUACCGUUUAGCUUUGGGCCGCGCGCGUGCGUGGGCCGCAAUGUGGCCGAGAUGGAGCUCGCGCUUAUUGUGAGCACCGUGUUUAGACGCUAUGAUUUUGAGCUGAGGCAGAGCGUGUUGGAGACGAGAGAGGGCUUUUUGAGGAAGCCGUUGGGGUUGGAUGUCGGGAUGCGGAAGAGGGCGGUUUGA